AUGUCGUUUGGGGAACAGCUGGCGCUUAUCAUCAGGUUCUACACGGAUCUGGAGACGUCUAUCGGCGCUGUCAGUCGGCUCAAGGCGUUCAGUGAGAACGUCAAACCGGAAAGCUGGGAAGGCGAGACUCUAGUGCCGCCAGCAGAGUGGCCGUUGCAUGGCGCCAUCGAGAUCAACGGCGUGUCAGCAGCCUACGGUGACAGUGAGGAUAAGGACACAACCAAAAACCUCGCGCUGGACAACUUGCACUUGACCGUCGCUCCGGGGGAGAAAGUUGCCAUCUGUGGCCGCAGCGGCAGCGGCAAGUCUUCUCUCCUCCUCCUCCUCCUCCGCCUCGUUGACCCCUUGGCGUCAACGACGACACCCCCCACACCGGACGAAGAAGAGGGAAAAACGAUCCAGCCCAAACUGGCCCCCAUGGCGAUAGACGGCCUCCCCCUCCACGCCAUGUCCCGCCCGCACCUCCGCCGGCGCAUUAUCGCCCUGCCGCAGGAGCCCGUCUUCCUGCCCUCGGGCACGCCGGUCCAGACGAACCUCGACCCCCACCACAGCGCCACGGCGGCAGACUGCCGCGCCGCGCUGGAGGCCGUCUCCCUCUGGCCGUUCAUCGCCUCACGCGGGGGCCUCGACGCGCCGCUGGCGCCUGACACACUCUCGCAGGGGCAGAAGCAGCUGUUUAGCCUCGCGCGGGCCAUUGUGCGGCGGCGGGUUCGGGCACGGGAGAGGGCGGCCGAGUUCGGGAGCGACUACUGUGGCGAUCUCAGAGACGGCGGCGUCCUGCUGCUGGACGAGGUCAGCUCGAGCGUGGACCAAGAGACCGACGAGGAGAUGCAGCGCGUGAUAAGGGCCGAGUUUGCGGCGUACACUAUCGUCAUGGUCAGUCAUCGGCUGGGAAUGGUGAUGGGGUUUGAUCGGGUGGUGAUAAUGGAUGCUGGGAGAAUUGUGGAGAGUGGGCGGCCUGGCGAGCUGGUUGAGAGGGAGGGAUCCAGGUUUAGAGAGCUGUGGAUGGUCGGGAAUGGAGGCAAGGGAUAG